AUGAUUGAUCGCACCAGCAAGGUGCACAUAUAUAUCCUCGAUAACUCCAAAUACGGUGCUUACGUUCGUCAAAGACAAGAUAUCAGUUUUCAUAUCAUUUCACUCUCCGAGGCCAUCCCUACCGUGAUCAUACUUCCUAAAAUUAUUCGCGAGAUACUAGAUAGUCGCAGUCUUGGAAACCCUGCUUUACUAAAAAUGGGGACCGUGGAUUUCAACUCUCCUGUAUACACUUGCCGAAGUGCCAAUUCUUUGACAAACUACAGUACCAUUUAUGUGGGAUUAGUUGUUGAUUGUGUGCUAGAUUCAGCUAUACUGGGUGAGAAAGCUGCUGAAUUGGUUGCUGCAUGGCCCGUCCUUGGUGGUAUCUUGCUAAAAAAUACAAAGCCCUGGUCGUUCACUUGUGGCGCCACUGUUGAUUUCGCAGCCAGGACCGUUGAUCAAUCAUUAAGUUCCUAUCUUUCACUCGAUUGGGAAUAUAAGAAUGAACCGACUAUACUGCAAACUGAAGAGCCGUCUGAAGUAGACAAGAAGUUUAUAUUCGACAUUUGUUUCAACUCUACUACAAUCUUCAAACUUCGGGUCACUACCCUCACAGAUACUACAUUGCUCUGUUUUGGAAUUACACAUCAUCUCUGUGACGGCACCGAUUGUUACGAAGUGGUUCAAGCAUUUUGUAACCUACUCUCCAACAAACCAAUCCCUCGGUUUGUUCUUCCGCCUGAUGCAGAAGAUAUCCUUCUAUCGCACACGAUGACAGUCAAAGCCAAAUGUACUGAAGAAGAGUCCAACAUCUAUUACAAGAAUCAUGCAGAAAACCUAGAUAGUGGGAUUUUCAAGCUUGGAAGACUUUUAUGGCGUGUACUUUUAACAAAUAUUGCCGAAAAGCUUAUGUUAGCCGAGAGGCUAACCACUAAGUUUAUCCAUGUCCCAGGCUCAUGGGUGGACGAAUUGCGGGCCAAAUCGCAGGUAGAAUUGCAUCAAAGUUCCACGGACAUUGAGAUCACGCGAAACGACAUUCUUGCCGCAUGGUACUUGAAGACCAUUUAUUCCCCUCAGAACUCGUCUCAGCAUUCGGUAGAUUAUUAUGGACCCAUCAACUACCGUCCCUUUAUCAGCCCUCCUAAGGCUGGGACAUACUAUAUCCACAACAGUGUUGGUGUGAUUCGCUGUAAAUUCUCAGUCCAUCAGUUGCAAAGAGAGUCAAUCACAACCAUUGCCCGGGAUAUACGCCGACAGACAUUGCUUUACGCUUCCCCCGCUUCCGUUGAACAGUACCUUCGAUUUUCCGAAAAUCACUCAACCAGGGCUCUUGCACUAAGUGCUCGUCGUGGUGGAAAUCUAGCCCUGGUUGGACUUUCCCAGUGGACGACUUUCAACUAUACAGAUCUGGACUUCUCUGGCGCUAGUCUCCAGGGACAAAAGGCAACGGUCAUAUUUGUCAAUCCAGCGGUCACAAUUCCAUUCAACCUUACGGUUGGACCAAUGAUCAUCAUCGAAAAGAAUGGCACGGGAGGCUACUGGAUUCGUGCUUCAAAUACUUCAUCUGGCUGGAAAACCUUCAGCCAUUCCAGCAAAAUCGAAAAUCUUUUCCGCACACAAUGA